GUCUUAAUCCGAAUUUCCUUCCCCAAGCAAACCAGCUGUGGAGAAGCCCCAGUCACAACCACAGCCACAAGAGGCAGCUUCUCCUAUGGCCACUUUAUUUUACUCAGAAAUGCUCAGCAGACAAACCAAGUCGCUUUUGGAGGAAUAUUUCAAUGUACGUCUGAUGGAUGAGGCAUUGCAAUGCGUAGAGGAACUUAAAUCCCCAUCUCACCAUCCGGAGCUCGUCAAGGAAGCUAUCUCCCUCGGCUUGGAAAAAAAUCCACCGUUCGUUGAACCAGUGGUGAGACUCUUGAAAUAUUUGGUCUCUAAGAAGGUUCUAACUCCUAAAGACAUAGAGAGUGGUUGUCUGCUUUACGGGUCUAUCCUCGAUGACAUUGGAAUCGAUCUGCCAAAGGCACCAAACAACUUUGGGGAGAUCCUUGGGAGUUUGGUUAUGGCCAAUGCAUCAGAUUUUGGGAUGGUGGAAGAAAUUCUAAUGAAAAUGGAGGAUGAUCGGUUCAAGAAAGCAGUUUUGGAUGCUGUGAUGAAGAGUGUAAGCGAAUCUCUGUUGGCCGCGCAAGCAGCCAAAGUCGAGGCUUGCCGUAGUUUGGUGUAAGCUGUUGUGUGGUUUCAUCUCUGUUACAGCAGGAUACUUCUGGUUCCACCUGAAAAGCUUUAAUAUCUCUAUGUUUGAAUAAGUUUGGUUAUGUAUCCUCUUUGUUAUAUGGACCAUUUGUUAGUGAGUAAAUUCACAUUUUGAGUUCA